AUGCAAACACUAGGCAGUAAAAUGGGGCCUUUGUUCUGCCUUUGCCUGCAGCUCGUGCCAUGCCUUCUUCUCUUUCAAGAAACACAUGCGGCGCACCAUGGAGGGAUCUCACUGAGGUCUCAACACAUAGCUCUCCUCCACUGGAAAGCUACACUUGCAAGUAUACCGCUGCAUAUGAGCUCUUGGCAAGAAAACACCAGGCCUUGCAACUGGACGGGCAUCAUGUGCACGGCUGUCCGCCAUGGCCGCCGCAUGCCCUGGGUGGUCACAAACAUCUCCCUGCCUGAUGCUGGCAUCCAUGGUCAGCUUGGUGAGCUCAAUUUCUCAGCUCUUCCAUUCCUCACAUAUAUUGACCUUCGAAACAACACUCUCCGUGGUGCACUACCCCCUAGUAUCAACUCCCUGUCAGCCCUUUCGGUACUUGACCUUUCCUACAACCAGCUCACAGGGAAAAUUCCUAGUGAGAUUGCUGACCUGCAAAGUCUCAUGCUGCUUGAUCUUUCAUUCAACAGACUCGCGGGACAUAUCCCUGCGUCCUUAGGUAACCUCACAAUGUUAACUGAUCUUCUCAUUCACCAAACCAUGGUUUCAGGUCCUAUUCCUGAGGAGAGUGGAAGGCUUGUCAACCUAAAAAAUCUACAGCUAAGCAACAACACCUUAAGCGGCAUGAUACCAAAUACGCUUGGAAAUCUGACCCAACUAAAUACUUUGUUCCUGUUUGGUAAUCAACUUUCAGGGCCUAUACCCCAAGAACUAGGCAGGCUAGUCCAUUUGCAAAUUCUCCAGCUUGAGAUAACUGGUUCCAUUCCCCAAGAGAUUGGCAAUCUCAUAAACCUCGAAUAUUUAGGCUUGCAUCAGAACCAAAUUUCGGGAUCAAUGCCAAAAACUUUGGGGAAGCUGCAAAGCAUCCAAGAACUACAAAUCUUUGAUAACAAAUUAUCAGGUACUCUUCCUGAUGAAUUUGGAGAUCUGAUGAGCCUUGUUCACCUUGGGCUGUCUGAAAACUCACUUUUAGGACCUUUACCCGCAAAUAUAUGUUCAGGUGGAAGACUUCAAUAUCUUGGUGUCUCUUCUAAUAUGUUCAACGGCCCCAUUCCAAGUAGUCUAAAGACAUGUACGAGUUUGAUGAGCAAUUUAGGAUAUCUUGAUAUAUCUGGGAACAGACUGAGUGGACUGAUACCUGGGGAACUAGGGUCGUCCUCGGUGCUGGAAUUUUUGCAUUUAUCACAUAAUCAAUUCAGUGGCAACAUUCCAUCCUCCUUUGCAAGAAUGGUGAGCCUUUCAACAUUCGAUGUGUCCUACAACAACUUGGAAGGGUUGGUCCCAACAACACGGCUACUCCAAAAUGCUUCAGCAAGUUUGUUUCUUCCCAAUAAAGGCCUGUGUGGUAACCUCUCCGGCCUGCCACCUUGUUAUUCAACCCCAGUAGCUUCUCACAAAAAGGGGAAGAUACUUGGUUUGCUUUUGCCAAUUGUUCUUGUGAUGGGUUUCGUUAUUGUUGCUGCAAUUGUUGUCAUAAUAAUACUUGCUCGUAAGAAGAGAAAUCCACAAGAAAGUGUUACCGCUGAAGCAAGGGACCUAUUCUCUGUUUGGAAUUUCGAUGGAAGAUUAGCAUUUGAUGAUAUUAUAAGGGCAACAGAAGACUUUGAUGAUAAGUACAUCAUUGGAACAGGGGGAUACGGCAAAGUCUACAAGGCACAACUCCAAGACGGGCAGCUGGUUGCUGUGAAGAAGCUUCAUCAGACCGAAGAAGAGGUGGAUGAUGAAAGAAGAUUUCGUAGUGAAAUGGAAAUCUUAACACAGAUCCGACAACGAAGCAUUGUCAAAAUGUAUGGAUUCUGCUCCCAUCCGGUGUAUAAAUUUCUAGUCUAUGACUACAUUCAGCAGGGAAGCCUCCACGGAAUAUUGGAAAACCAGGAGCUAGCAAAGGAAUUAGAUUGGAAGAAGAGAAUUGCCCUGGCAACUGAUGUGGCUCAAGCAAUAUCUUAUUUGCACCACAAAUGCAGUCCACCUAUAAUCCAUCGAGAUAUCACAAGCAACAACAUCUUACUUGAUACAUCCUUCAAGGCUUUUGUCUCGGAUUUCGGCACGGCAAGGAUUCUUAAGCCCGGUUCAUCAAACUGGAGUGCACUAGCAGGAACGUUUGGCUACAUAGCUCCUGAGCUAGUGAUGGGUGAGCAUCCAAGGGAUUUAUUAGAUGGUACUCUUUCUAACGGCGAACAAUCAAUGAUGGUGAAAGAUAUUCUGGACCAACGGCCAACAACAUCAAUAUCAACUGAAGAGAAUAGCUUAGCACUGCUCAUCAAGCUGGCCUUAUCUUGUUUGGAAUCUUCGCCCCAAGCAAGGCCAACAAUGCGGGAGGCAUACCAAACACUCAUCCAGCGACCAUCUUCUAGUUCAACUACCGUACGAAUUGAUGUGUGCGGCACGGUAGGCAGUCCAAGUUCAUCCUCCUGCACCAACAGACAAAAGUAA